CGUAUCGCGCGCCAGUGUGGUUGCGAUUUUGCGAACCCCGUCCGUGUUGAACCAUUAUCUGCAUUUUAUUUGCUUCCCUUUUUGGACCAUCUAACUCUAUUCCCUGCACAAAUUGCAACAUGUCGUUCCGUACUUUCACUUCGCCGGUAGUACGUCGCUUCCUUGAAGCCAAUAAUCGCAAGGUUAUGCAACAACGGUUCGCCGCGACGCGCAAUCACUACUCGGAUCUGCGUGGAUUUACAAUAGCCGAUAUAAAGAAGAAUUAUGCCGUUGUGCCGUUGGUGGUGAUCAUGGCAACGGCUGUUAUUGGAUGUACGGGCUUCAUAAUUUACGCUAGCUUUACCCGUGUGGAUGUGAGCUUGAACAAAAAAGUGUUCCCGCAUGACACCAUGGACGUUAUGAAUCCACCGAAAAAAAAGAUUCUGGUGUACAACCAAAAGUAUGAACCGAAUCCGGAACUGAACCAGGCCCUCAGCUACCGCGAGGAGUACGAGAAAUUGGACAAAUAAAUAGAUCAAUAGGCAGGAGCCACCUGAUCGGAUUGACACCGUGCCCUUACACACGUGCCUCUUUCAUCUCACGGGACAGGAUGAGUAGCGGACCACAGUGUGUGUGUUUGGGUGCGCGCGUCUUAAUGAAUAAAUAUAGCUAAUCGAUCCGUUGUGUUGACCCCCACGGGAAAUGUGUGCGCGCUUUCCCCUCGCCGUUCGGGCACACUCAUUGCUUGUUGUAUUCGAUGUUGACUGUAGCGACUAUAACGUAGAAUCACUUGAAAAACACAAAAAGAAAAACAGUUUAAUUGUUCCAAGCCCGCAGAACUGCAUUUGCAUUUAGAACGUUUUGGCUUCUCUGU